CAAGUUAAACAUAGAAUCUAAGUUUCCGUCGUGGGUCGGAGCAACAACAACAUUGUAAAAUUUAUACUCGUAGAACUACGGUAUUUCUUUUCCUUUCCUUUCCGAUAACACCAUUUUCACGUUACCCCAAUGAUUAAGGCACCGUGGGUUUCAUCGGUACCAAUUUAGAAACCUUACCCCUCAUAUGCUUUUCGUUUUCCAAUUCCAAUAGCUUCGGAGGUCAAAAUUUCGAUACGUUGAUUGAGUGGAAUCCAAUCCAAGCAUUCAUUCCGUUCAACCUUUGUGCUCCGCGUUCACGUAGCGUGUGGAAAGCAGAAAAAGAGAACACGCGGUUGCGAGAUCCAAAGGAUCGACGUAAGAUCAACCACAGAAGCAGUGACUGAAAUUGUUGCGGCGAAUUUGAAUCGUGGGAUUUUUGUAGGAGAUGGCGGAUGACAAGGAGGUUGGGGAAGGUGAGAAAAGAGAGACGAGUAGUGACGCCGGGAAUAAUGGGAAGAAGAAGCGUAAGGGUUUCUUUUCGCGACUUUGGAACGGGAUAUUUAGGUUACACGGCGAUGAUUUUGAGAAGAGACUGCAAUACAUUUCUAAAGAGGAGGCUCUAGUUAUGACCAGGAUGAACAGGAGAUCCCGGUCCUGGAGGAGAAUUUCGCGGCAUCUUAUUGUGUUUUCUGUCAUAUUUGAGGUUGUUGCGGUAAUAUAUGCUAUUAUGACAACAAGAACAAUGGAUAUGGAUUGGAAAACGAGGGCAAUCAGGGUUUUGCCAAUGUUUGUUUUGCCUGUACUAGCAUCUGCUGUCUAUACAGCAUUUAUCAGCUUCACAAGGAUGCGUGAUCGCAGGGACCAGAACAUUCUUGAAAGGCUUCGAGCUGAAAGGCAAGAAAAAAUUGAUGAGCUCAAAGAAAAGACAAAUUAUUACACUACUCAACAGCUCAUUCAGAGAUAUGAUCCAGACCCAGCUGCCAAAGCAGCAGCUGCAUCUGUUUUAGCAUCUAAGAUGGGCGCAGAUUCUGGUUUGAAAGUGUACAUGGGAGAUGAAUCCAAUCCUGGUGCUCCAGUAGGGAAGAGCAAUGAUGUUGAACUUGUGCAGUCCACUGGACUUCGAAAUCGAAAACAAGUUCAAUAUAGAUCCUCAUCCACUACUCCAGGGACAGCCACACCAAAUUCUGGUUCAGGGGGAAUGGAUCAAACUCAGACUUUUGACCACAAUCAGCCGGUUGUUGUUGAACAUCACCAACCUCAAAGUUCAUCCACACAAGAUGGAGGAUGGAUUGCACGAAUUGCAGCUUUACUUGUGGGUGAGGAUCCAACACAGUCAUAUGCUCUCAUAUGCGGUAACUGCUAUAUGCAUAAUGGUCUAGCUCGGAAGGAGGAUUUCCCAUUUAUCACGUACUACUGUCCUCAUUGUCAGGCCCUGAACAAACCCAAGCAAUUGGAUAUCCCUGGUCUUAUUUCUCCAACCACGGGUACUCCAAAAGCAGACAAUGGUGAGACUGAUGCAGUUAAAAAUGCUCGGGCUUUUACAGCCGAGAGCAUAAUCACAAGCAGUAGUCCCAGAAGUAUUGCUAGUUCUGAGAUAGAGGAGGUAUCUGAAAGGGCAAGUUUGGACGAGAAAGUUGAUUAAAAGGACAGCCAUUUUUUGAUGAUUCAACUUUUGGGAUGACUGUCUUGCCCCUUGUUCUGGGCAUGAACUGACUAUAUAUACGGGGAGGAACUUUACAAUUGGUUUCCUUGGUUGGCUGCAGAAGAGUGCUGAAAUACUUUGAUACUUCUUGUGAUUUGUGAUACAUAGAUUACACGUAUUGUUUGUGAGUUAAAGCAAUUUUGGCUUCUUUUUUUCUUUCUUUUUCUGUGGCAUUAUAUUGUGACAGUGUUCUAGUUUUAAAACUUGGAUUGUACUUGUACCUGAAAGAAAUUUUGAAUACUGGUCUUGUAUCCAUUUUGUUUAAUGGGUUUAAAUUUGAUGCAUUCGACCAUCCUAGCCUUGAACUCAUAGACCACGAUUUCAUUCUAGGAUUAACUAAGUCACUGAGGUAGCUGAUUGGAACUCCUUAGUCCAAUGUCAUGUAAUGUUCUGAUAUUUUGUAUGAAUGCUGUAUAUACGAGAAUUAUUUAUUAAAGCA